CAGGCUUGCAUUGCCGUAGCAUGCAUGUGCUAGCGAACUCUGCUGGCACAGGCACAUGUACAUGGCGCCGUAUUAUGAAGAUACUUGUUGUUGCUAGUUUGUUUAUCUGUGCUCUCGUCGCUGCCUACAUCGUUCUGAGGCCGUCAACUCAUCGAACUUCGUUCUCGAGCUCAUCGCCAGCUGUCCGAAUGUCAACGAUUUCAGACGGCAAUGCAAACAGCAAGAAGGCUCGUCAAGAUUACACGUCAUGGUUACGCUUCCACGAACAAACCGGAAAUACAUCUCAGUCUCUGACACUAAACGGUGACCUCAGACGGCGACCUCCAGAUUUCAUUGUUAUUGGAGCGCGAAAAUGCGGCACGCGAGCGUUGCUAGUCAUGCUGAACAUUCAUCCUCGAGUCGUUGCGGGUGGGCCAGAGGUCCAUUAUUUCGACAGAGACAACAAUUACCAACGUGGGCUGAGGUGGUAUGUCAAUCAUAUGAAACUCUCUAGCGUCGGUCAACUGACUGGAGAGAAGAGUCCGUCAUAUUUUAUUACUCAUGGCGUGCCACAGAGAAUAAAGAAUUACAGUCGCACCGUGGGAAAGGACGUGAAGCUGUUGCUUAUAGUGAGAGAUCCAGUGGAUAGAGUAGUGUCUGAUUACACGCAGGGAUUGACUAAACGGAAGCUGUCGAUUUCAAAAACGAGGCAAAUUCAAGAAGAUUUUAGAGGGCACGCACUUUUACGCUCUGGUGAGGUCAACGAGGAUUGGUCAGCUGUUAGGAUUGGACGUUAUUCUGACCAUCUAGCUCGAUGGUAUCAAACAUUCAGGAAGGAGCAAAUCCAUAUUGUUAAUGGAGAUACUCUGAUUGCGAAUCCUGUUAAAGAGAUGAAGAAGGUAUCCUCUUUUCUUGGAUUGGGUAAUGAUUUUGACUGGAAUGAUUAUCUGUAUUUCAACAAGACUAGAGGAUUUUACUGCUUGAAUCAAAACGGUAGGCCACCUUCUUGCUUGGGUAACUCGAAGGGUCGUCCGCAUCCACAAGUCAAGCAAUACAUUUUGGAGAAGCUGCGAAACUACUAUCGACCAUAUAAUAGACAAUUCAAGACAAUGACCAAGUUGAAAGUUGACUGGCCUGUGUGAUGUUGUUUCUAGUUGAGUUGAGUGGAUGCUAGCGAGUGAUGCUUUAGCUGAGGAUAGCAUGCAUGAGCACUUCAAAAAUUACUUCACAAAUGUGUAUGUAAGGUUGAUAUAGUAGCAUAUUUUAUUUUUUCUCUAAACGCACAGAGACACUACCACACAGUUAAACUGUAUGAUGGAUGCUUUAGAAUUGUUGAGUUUUGUAAGUGUAUCCCUAAGAUGGAUUUUUCAGAGCAAUUCUUUAAUUAAUAUAUGGUCAUCUUCUAGGAG